CCUCACCUCACCUGAUCCUGCCUGGUGUUUACUAGAAACUUCCAGCCUCCUACCUUCCUGUCAGCUGAAGGGAUGUCACUGAUAUAUUUAAGUGGACCACAUCAAGAAAUGUGAAGUUGACACGGGUCCAGGAGGUUACUGGCUGUUAUGUGUGUUGAUGUAAGCUGUCUGAAGAGGCUUAUGACUGGUCAGAGGGAGGGAACUGGCUUGAGCCCACUCAUCUUCCAAAUCUUGCGGCUGAUCUUAAAAUAGGCCAGCAAGGAGAAUAAAAGAGCCACAGCGAGGAAGCUGCACCCUCAGAGGAGCAGUUGAUCCAAGAGAGAGAGACACACACCCUAAAGGGACUUAAAGUUUUUGCAAGUUCUUCUGCAACAAGACUCCAGGAUGAAGUAUUAUGGAUGCCCCGUGUCCCAGACCCUGGGAAUCAAAGCUUACAGCCAGCGCUGCAACCUUCCAGUCGCCUGCAAGAGUGCAGCCUCCCUGAAGCCGGUCCGGAGCGUCCACUUCUCCAACGACGUCGUUUUCCAGGACUAUGUCCGGCACGGCGAGCUGGAGAGGAUCGGCCGUUUCAUCAGGGCCAGCAGGGUCAAACUGGACACCAUUUACCACUCUGGAAUGGCAGCCAUCCAUGAGGCAGUCCUGACGGGGAAUCUGGAGUGUGUGCAGCUGCUGGUGCACUAUGGGGCAGACAUCCACCAGAGAGACGAGGAGGGGUGGACCCCGCUGCACAUGGCAUGCAGCGACGGCUUCCCACACAUCGCAUGCUACCUGCUGUCUCUGGGCGCCGACCCCGAGCUGGAGAACGAUUGCGGCGAGAAGCCGGCUGACCUCAUUGACCCGGAGAACAAGGAGCUGCUGAGGCUCUUUGGGCUGGCGGUCAACGACUGAAGACCCCAGAGGUCCCUUGAGCUUCACAGUCGUCCGAAAGCCGCUGCAAGAGUUUCCGAAUGUUCUUCGGGGGCGAGCGGAGAAAUCCGCAUCGGUCCAGGUUCCUGGUUUUUGAGCUGCCGCAGCUCCGAGAGGGGAUGGCUGCUGGGUGGACGAAGGGCCGGCAGAGCUGACGGACCCGUCUGACUGGACUGUUUUACUCCAGCAGCACCAACCUGCUGCAUCCUCUCUGCGCCUCAGACCUUUUUAUAACUUCACUUUUUUUAUAUUGUCUGAAGUUGCAGGAAUGUUCAACUUUGUGAAACAAAGCUGUUGCACUUUCUAGUUCCAUUUUUCUAAGAUUACUGUCAUGUUUAUGUUUUUAGCCUUUACCAGCAAGUUUGUUUUGUGUUGAUCAUUUUAAGUUAAUUCUACUGUUCAUUAACUUGUUUGUCCUUUUUUUACUUGUUUAAAUAAAGUUAAUUAAUUCCUGAUGUCUUUGCUGUACUCUGCAAUGAACAUUAAGGUUAAACUGAACAGAUUUAAGAAAGAAAUUUAAUGGGAAAGAGAAUCAGAUGCUUAAGCUAAAUAUAUAUUUUUUAGGAGAUGAUAAACCAACAAAGCAACUCUGUAACAUCACGUCAAAGUUAAUCUUCUGUUUCCAAUGAAACAUCACGAAUUAUAAUGGAUCAAGGUUGUUCAUUAGUCUUAAAUCAACACAUAUAUUUAUCUAAACAAAAGAGAAUUUAUUUCAGUAAUACAAUUCAAAAAGUGAAACUCGAAUGCAGUGCAUCCAGAGUACUCCAUAUUUUGUGUUACAGCCUUAUUCCAAAUUGAUUUCAAUAAACAACUUGGAUUCACAAAUACUUAAAAUCACAAGCACUUAAAAGUAUUUUGUUUAUGUAAAGUUCCUUGAGGCAACAUGUUGUCAAUUGGUGCUAUUUAAAUAAACUGAAUUCAUUUUAUAUUCCAGCAGUAUUUGGUCUUUGGAUCAAUGUCAAUAGUGUUACUGUGACUGAACGUAUUGUCAAACGGUGGAGUCACCAGACCCAGCAAUGCAGACGAGCUGAAGUUUGUUACCAUAGCAACCUGGGUUCCCAUCCCACCCCGCACUUGUGCAGUAAUUCAUGCAAAAGCAGAUCCAACAAAGUUUAACAUCCUUUUUUUUAUUGGCCUUUUAUAAAAUUCUGAGAAACAGAAUUUCUACUUUUCAUCAGCUAUGAGGUAAUUUAAUCAAAAUUAGCAUAAACACAUUGAACUAUAUCACUGGAAUAUAUCCCUGUGAUUGUAUUGAAU